GAGACCGCAGUUGGUGCUGAGCCCGGGCGCUCAAGCGAAGCGGCCGUGGCUAAAGCGCACUGGUGAGUUGGCCACGCAGGCAGCCCCGGCCCCAACCCAGCCGCUGGAGAUGACCGAGACGCUGCUGCCCACCGGCUGUCCGGCCGCGGACCAGAGAGGCGCCUGCUAUUUUCGCAAGGGAUGCAACCCACUUGCGGAAACCGGGCGGAGCAAACUGCAAUGCCGGAGAGCUGUCCUGAACCAGCAGAUUCUGAAAGCGGUGAGGAUGAGAGCUGGCGCAGAAAACCUUCUCCGUGCAACGACCAGCCCCAAAGUGCGAGAACAGGUGUUGCUGGAACUCAGCUACGUCAAUUCCAACCUGCAGAUCCUCAAGGAAGAGUUAGAAGGGCUCAAUAUCUCCGUGGAGGUGUACCAGAACACGGAGGAAACGUUUAGCAUCCCUCUGAUACCACUUGGCCUGAAAGAGACUAAAGACAUGGACUUCGCAGGACCCCUCAAGGACUUUAUUCUGGAACAUUACAGUGAAGAUGGUGCAGAAUAUGAAAAUGAAAUUGCAGAUCUUAUGGAUUUAAGACAAGCCUGCCGGACACCGAGCAGAGAUGAAUCUGGAGUUGAGAUGCUGAUGAGCUAUUACGUACAGCUUGGCUUUGUAGAGAAUCGGUUCUUCUCACCCAGUAGAAAUCUGGGCAUUUUAUAUACUUGGUAUGACUCUUUCACGGGCGUUCCCGUUUGCCAGAAGAAUGUGUUGCUGGAAAAAGCCAGCAUUUUAUUUAACAUCGGAGCCCUCUACACACAGAUCGGUACAAAAUGCAACCGGCAAACAGGAGCCGGGCUUCAAAAGGCCAUCAGUGCUUUUCAGAAGGCAGCAGGAGUUCUAAACUAUCUAAAAGAAACUUUCACUCACACUCCAAGUUAUGACAUGAGCCCUGCCAUGUUGAGUGUGCUGGUCAAGAUGAUGCUCGCUCAAGCUCAGGAGUGCAUCUUUGAACAGAUCUGCCUUCCUGGGAUAAGGAAUGAAUUUUUCACGCUUAUAAAAAUGGCCCAGGAAGUUGCGAAGGUUGGAGAGAUGUACGUGCUUGUGGAAACCGCAAUGAGUCAAGCACCAGUCAAGGAGAACAUCCCUUACUCUUGGUCAAAGCUGGCCCAAGUCAAAUCGGAUCAUUUCAGAGCUUUGGCGCAUUAUUUUGUUGCUACUAUGCUGAGCGACCACCAGCUACAUCAGACCGAUGAUGAAGAUCAACAGGAAAAGGCCUUUUGCCAGCUGUAUGACCACAUGCCUGAGGGGAUGACACCCUUAGCUAUCUUAAGAGAUAGAAGCCAGCGUAAACAGCUAGGAAGACUUCAUUUGCACAAAGCCCUUCUUUAUCACAAAGAAGCCUUAAGGGUUUGUAGCUUAUGCACAAAGCUCCGGAAUAUAGAGAUCCUUCAAGAGAUUUUGUCCGUUGCACACAAGCGGUCGCUUCUCAAAUACACCCAGCAGGAGCAAAAUGAUGACUUCUUUAGUUUGGUGCCGGCACCCAAUAUCCUUUCCCACACGAAUCACAAGAUAGAACUGAUUCCUCCUCUGUUCUCUAACGUGAAAGUGAGAGACUUCUUCGAAAGGCUGGGCCCACCUGCGGUCUUUUCAGCCAAGCAGAGAUGGUCACCUCCCCGCCUCAUCCGUUUCUACUGUGAAGACGGCCUGUUGGGUUUCACUCUCAAAGGAGGCCCACCGGUACAGAUCGACUGCAUCGACCCAGCUUCUCCCGCAGCAUUGGCAGGUUUGAAAGAAGGAGACAUUGUGAUUGCUGUUGAAGGCACGGAUUGCAAAUGGUUGGGGAUCAGUGACGUCUUGGAAAAACUCCAGAAUUUGAGCGAGCAAAAGAUUGAGAUCAAAGUGAUCAGCUGCCAAGAAUAUGGACCUUCCUUGUAUAACAAAUGUGCCACUUACUCCGCGGGCAUGCAGAAAACAUACUCCCUUAUAUGUCUGGCUAUGGAAGAAGAGAGAACCGACAAAGCCAAGAAGGUGACGCCUAAAUUGUCCUUCCUGAGUUGGGGAACCAAAAACAGGCAGAAAGCCGCCAGCACCCUCUGCCUCCCUUCAGCUAUAAGUGGGACCUCUGCCAUUAAGAAGAAACUGACAACCCCAUUUACACUCUUCAGUACCGAUAGUUCGUUGUACUAGGACUUGGGGAGACCUGAGGAAGCUCUCGCCCAGAAAGAAUGGAUGUUGUGAAUUCACAAUGUAGCCUUUAGGAAUCCAAGGGUUGAGUAGCCCCGACUUGAAGCCAACAACGACCCGUUCAAAUCUGGCUUCGAUUGUUGAUCUUGCAAGGACCGGGAUGUUUUGAAGAACAUGUCAGGUGUCUACAUGUUUGUAGAGUUCCUUUCAAACUUCUGCCCAGGAUUCUGGCUUAGUUAUUAUGAUCUAUCUUGAGAAACAACGGAAUGGUUCUGCAAAGACUGAGGAUUUUGUUUUGUUUUUUGUUUUGUUUUUUAAAAUGUGAACGUGUAGCAUAGUAAUGCCACAUGGUUGACCAUCUCACCUACGUUGAGGGGAGAAGCAAAUAGAACUGCUGGCCACAAUGGUGCAUGAUCAAGGAGAUACACUUGCUAAUUACCGUAUUUUUGGGGACUAUAAGAUGCACUUUUUUGUCUCCCAAAAGGGGGCGAAAAUGUCUGUGCGUCUUAUAGACUGAAUAUUGCUGAAGCACUGCCCACCCGCCAGCCUUUUUUUGUCCUUCGCAUGCCCUGUUUUCAGGCCUUUUUUGGGGGCCAAUUUUCCAGGUUUUAUUUUGCCUGUUUUUGAGGCUUUUUUUCGGCCCAUUUUUGAGGGUUUUUUUUGUCCCCCUUUUUUUUUAAAAAAAUGGGCCAAAAAAAAGCCUCAAAAAGGGCCGCAAAAAACCUUGAAAACAGGCUGAAAAAAGCCUCAAAAAUGGGCUGAAAAAAGCCUCAAAAAUGAGCCAAAAAAGCCUUGAAAACAGCCCCCCAAAAGCUUUGAAAAUGGACCCAAAAACGGGCCAAAAAAACCCCUGAAAAUGGGCCACAAAAAGCCUCAAAAAUGGGCCAAAAAAGUAUUGAAAAUGGGCUGAAAAAAGCCUUGAAAACGGGCUGAAAAAAGGCUCAAAAUAAGAUAGGCUAAAACCUUUUUUUUGGGUUGUUUUUCCUCUUCUUUAAAUUUAGGUGAAUCUUAUAGUCUGAAAAAUACGGUAAUUUAAAACCCAAUGAAUGAGAAACAAGUUAUAGACCAGCUAGCAAGGUUCUGUGAGUUGACAACCUACACAGCAGGUCAGAACCAAAUUCUUAAAUAAAUUGUUGAAACGGCCAGGCGAUGGAAACUGGGUAAAUGAAUAAAUCUAACAGGGUACGGUAGCGGCAAGGCUACGUGUUAAGGUUUUAAAAUCCUAUUUUCUAUUCUGCUUUGAGGUGGUUUGAAACAGGGAUCUCCAAACACGGCAAUUUUAGGACUUGUGGACUGCAGCUCCCAGAAUUUUGAGAGUUGAACCCCUGAUUUAAAUAAAGAGAACAUUUUAAAAAGAUAAAUAACAUCACUCGGAGCCCAGGACUGGGAAGCAGUGGGAUGGCAGCAACAGUGAGAGAAGAAUGCUGAUGUUUCUUCUAUAACCAGACCCAGAUUUGCACAAAAGAAUUUCAAACGACAAGCAUUUUGGGCUAUCAUUGAAGCCUUCCAUGGACGCAGGGUUAUCUGGAGAACUGGAUUUUGCAUUUUCUGGUGUUCCAAACGGAACAUGGAAAUGGAAUAGGAUGGCAGUUUCCAGAAUUUCCCCACACUAAAUGACAGUAUCUCGUCAACGACCAAAAGAAGCCAUGCAUUGACAUGGCACCCGAUAUGUGGUGGAAAAGAAAUCUCCCAAGGACAACCUUGAAACCAACCCUGGCGACUUUAAGUUAACACAGAAUGGAUCCCUUGAAAAACAGCUUGUUUUGCAAGGUCUGAUGUAACCAGGUAUCGUUUUCUACACCUGCCAAGCGUUAUAGCAAAGAUGGAGAUGUCCCAAUACUGCAUGUGUAGAAAAAUAUGCUAAUGUAAACAAGAGUGUGGAAAGAGAUCAGCCAGUUUGGUUGCAGACCAAAUCCUUAGCGCCUGCCAGGUUUCACUUCAAAUCAGUUUUUCUUAAUCUCAGCAACUAGAUGACGUGUGGACUUCAACUCCAAGAAUUCCCCAGCCAGCAUGCAGAUACAAAUCUCGGUAAUGCUAUUUUUGUAAUACUAAUUCUUCUGCCGACCUAGCAGUUCGAAAGCACGUAAAAAAUGCAAGUAGUAAACUAGGGAAGGUAACAACGUUCCAUGCGCCUUUGGCGUUGAGUCAUGCCGGCCACAUGACCACGGAGACGUCUUCGGACAGCGCUGGCUCUUCGGCUUUGAAACGGAGAUGAGCACCGCCCCCUAGAGUCGGGAACGACUAGCACAUAUAACAUAACAUAACAUAAGGUCUGAUGUAACCAGGUAUCGUUUUCUACACCUGCCGAGCGUUAUAGCAAAGAUGGAGCUGUCCCAAUACUGCAUGUGUAGAGAAAUAUGCUAAUUUAAACAAGAGUGUGGAAAGAGAUGAAAGAAAUGGAGAUGAGUACCGCCCCCUAGAGUUGGGAACGACUAGCACAUACGUGCCAGAGGAAUCUUUACCUUUAAUGCUAUUUUUAAGGAUAUUAAUUGAGGUUUUUCUUGAGCGCCACUGGAAAGUUGCAUUCCAAAAGGGUUGAUAAAGGUAAUUUAACUAUGCAUUAAGUGAAAUUUAGGAGUUCAACACACUAAAAACAUGCCCAACCGGAAAAGUAGUUGCUGCUUGGAGUUUUAUUGUCGCUGUCUAAAGGUGUGGGCGAAUACACAAUAGUUGUCUGUUAAGCUGAAAUAAUGCUAACAGGGUAGAUCUUAACAAUGAUUGGCUAAAAAUUUAAAGGAGGAAAAUCUACGUUCCUAUUGAAACUCAUUGAAUCCCUUACUGGAAGCUGAGAAUUUUUUAGAAGUAAUUGGAAUACAACAGUGUUUCCUUUCUUGACAACUUUAAGAUAUGUGGACUUCAACUCCCAGAAUUGCUGGCUGGGGAAUUUUGGGAGUUGAAGUCCACAUAUCUUAGUUACUAAGCUAGAGAAGCACUGGAAUAGAAUAAGGAAAAAUGGGGAAGGCUGGUAGAACAAUGCCAUUUUAUUAUUAUUUGGGUCUUUUAAUGUUCCUACCCAGGAGAUGUAAAUAUAUAAAUUUUAAACGAUUAUUUAAGAAUGAGUCCUGACUUAUAUGUGACAAUGAACUUUUCAUGGCAACGAUGAAUGAGAUAAAAGUUUAAUUUUUCUUAAUUCUUGUUGUUCAGAAUGAAGGUCUGUUUUUUUAAAAAAGGAAGAAUGUAAUAUUAUAGUGACUGCUUAUUCACAUUGUGCAAUAUUCAAUCAAUGUUGUGGAAUUAACCCUAGUGCAUAAUAAAAUGUAGGUUAGAAGAGGGAUGACUUGUUCAUUUAUAUCUUAUUAUCUGUGAUACAUAUUCCACUUUUGAUUUUGGGGUUUUUCUAAAGAAAUGCAUAGUAACCGAAUUUGUGUGCUAUAGUAUGCCAUGGUUGGGUUAAGCCAGUGUUAGCUGGAUUCAACACUGAAGCAGAAGCUGGCAAAGCUUUUGAUGCAGGGCACAUCAUACGGUUGGUGCCCUCACAAAAUGCCCACCUACAUGGGCAUAGCAGAUCACAAAAUAUCCAUUUGUGGACAGGAUGGCCAG